AUGUCUCACUGGGUAUGUUUGUUAACUGGUUUUAUUACCUCUAGUAGUUUCGUUUUCAGUAGAGAGAAUCCUUUUGUGGAAAAUAUUGUCGAAGACGAAGGGGCACCCUCAGAUAUCCAGAUGGAAUUAGAAGUUCCACAAGGGCUCUUUUUGAAAGUUCCGCCUAGCAGGGACGUGCCGUUUUUGGGUCGCUCGGCUGUCACAUGGCUCGAUUACGCAGUAUCAUGGAAAUCACGCCUGGGAUCGCUUCUUACCAUUGUUGACAUGUUAAAUUCAACAGUGAUUUGAACGACUGAAAGACCAUCAGGAAGCACCAACGAUAACACUAGACGAGGAUCCAGUCGAAAUUGAGAGCGAGGAUUCAGUGUAAAUUAUUGAAGACGAGGAUUUGGAAGUUUUUGAACUGACAUCCCAUCAGGAGCUGAAUGUGUGCGGAGAUGUGACAGAGCAAACGCGAGAAGAUUCUGAGAAGGUGCUUUUGCCGCAAAACAGAGGCAGAGCUGAUGGAAUCUCGAAGCGAAAAAGCACCGGGAAGUUAUAGGGGCAAGAAAAUAUCCUGAGAGAUUCGCGGCUCUGGCAGAGAUUUUCUACAGGCGGCAUCAGUGGGAAUUUGUUGUGUACAAAUGUAUAUUCUUUCUGUAUAUUACCUGGUCUACUCGAUUGAUUGCAAUCUUAGAAAACGAAUGCUUCAUUCGAUUCAUGAGUUGUUAAAUGUGAAAAUCUGGACGCUUUGUUGUUGUGAAGUGGUAUAAUGGGUUUCGCUUCGAUUGUGGUAAAUUUUGGAUGACUUUUGUUAGAGUUAGUGAAUGCUC